AUGGAUUUAGUGAGAGAGGUCCAGAUCCAUGAACUCUUUCGAAAAUUCCAAGAUAAAUAUGGCGGACUAUGUACCAUCUGGCUUGGAGGUGAGCCAAAUAUUGUAAUUGGUGAAUGGGAACUAAUGCACGAAGCCCUGGUGACAAAAAGAGCUGAUUUUAUUGGACGAAAGCAGAAUCUUCUUGCGAGAAUUCUUGCUGAUGAGCGUACGAAUCUGAUGUGUAUGGAUUACAGUCCUGCGUGGGAAGUGCUCCGAAAAGUUGCACACUCCGCCCUAAGGACGUUCAUGGCAAAUAAGAACCUCCCAAUGAUCAUAUCAGAAAAUGUGGAUAAUGCUGUGAACAAAAUGAUCAAGAUCAAAGGACCACUCGACCCGGAGGAAUAUAUCAGACUUUCUGUGUCCAACAUAAUAGCCACGUCAGCAUUUGGCAAAAGGUUCGAUCCUGAUGACCUUGACUUCAAGAACCUUAAAGAAGCUCCAGAGCUGAUUUUCCAGGAAGCAAAGAACGGCCUUCCUGCAGACCUGUUUCCCGCCUUAAGAGUGUUCUUCCUUCACGGAGAGAUGAGGUUAAGACAUGGAUAUCAGAAGUUUCUGAAAGUUCUUUACAAAGAGUAUAACUCUCACGUCCAGUCUUACAAGGAGGGUACUAUUCGAGAUUUUACAGACAGUAUUCUAGCAGCACGUGAAGAGGCCAAACGGGAAGGGAAACUCUCAAGCCACUAUUUAACUGAUGAUGCUUUGUCACACAUUGUAGUCACCCUGUUUGGCGGUGGAUAUAAGCUCCCCAAAAGGACUUCCAUGUUGUUCAACCUGACGGCUCCUCACCUAAACGAGGAAUACUGGCCUAAUCCUCGUGUUUUCAAACCUGAACGAUUCUUAGAUGCUGACGGAAACCUAACUAAAGCUAGGCUAGUGGGGUUCGUCCCUUUCGGCUUGGGGCGUCGCCAGUGUCCAGGAGAAAAACUUUCUUACUGCGACAUCUUCCUCAUCCUAUCGCGGCUCUUACAGAGGUGUCAUGUCACCUUGCUGAAGGAACGUGAGAAUGACCUACAACCGCAGCCGUUUGGCUGUAUAAGCAUCCCGAGAAACUACGAAAUUUUAGUGAUCGAGCGUUGA